AUGCGCAGGUAUCGGCUGCCGUACUGGGCAUUCGUGCCGACGUUAGGCGUUUGGCCCGGAUUCGCCGGAACAGGAAGCGGAACUGGGUCAGCUGUCRCCGCCGCCACAAUCCCACCGCCACCCAAGGGAUCCGUGGCCGUGAACUUGAACAGCGGCCGAGUGACCGUGGUAGACGACGUGGCUGACAGAUCGGAAGUCGCAGACGCGGCCAUCGACCCAAACCGGAAGCGGCGGCCGGCACAGGUCAAGCCGCUGCACUCGAACACGCCGAGCGUAGGAGGACCGAGUUGGCUGAGGAAGACAACAGUGGCGACGACGACGGCGGCGUCGGAUCCAACCAUACAGGCGGCGCAGGUGAAAAACUCUACURCUGUCGCCACUGAUAAACCGGUCACCAAGAUAUACCUGAAACCGUCAGCUAAGGCGAAGGCUGGCGCCGGCGGCGUGGCCCUUUCAAACCCGAUCAGCACGGCCAUAGUCCGCAGGGGUGACACGGUCAGCAUUGAAUACCUUCCGGAUGCCACAGCGGAAGCGGGUGAAGGCGGCGUGGCUAUAUCCCGACCGGAACUGGUCAUCCAUUUUAUCGACUGAAACAAUACGCACACGCUAAAAGUUGAAGACACCACCAUUAAACCAUUAUAUUAGGUCUAUAAAUUGUGCCAUAAAUACGCGUUAUGAUAUAUGUUUUAWUAUAUUAUUUAUUUACACGUAUUUACUACUUAAAUAUUAUAAUUACUAUUUUUUUUUUUUUUAAUAAUAUUUUACAAGAGUAGGUAUUUUAUAUUUUCGUUUUCUAAGAACGAAAAAAAUUAUCUGGAAACAAAUUGUAAGAAACUUGUUUCUAUAUAAUGACUAUUUAUUUGUGACAUACAUGUAUGCUCAUCACAAUUUUAUGUGAAAUGCCAUAACUGUAUAAAAUGUCUUUACUUUGUCCAAUCUGUCUGAUUUUCUAUAUAUAACGAAUCGGUUUACCUAUGACGUAUAGAAACGGAGAAAUUAAACGUGACACACUUGCCGGUUUUUUUUUUUAAUAGCAAGUUACAAUAUUACUCACAGUUCACAAUAAGACUUAACGUACCGACUAAUUUAUUACUGUUACCCAUCAGCCAUUAUCUAUUAAUGCCUUUUUAUAUUUUUAUACGAAAAAUAUACGCUGUACAUAGUUGA